GCUGGCGUCUUUUGCGAGACCCUUGCUGUCGACCACCCCGCGCGUGAGCAAGACCCCGCCAUCAUGUUGGAAGGGCUGGUCGCCAACCUGCUGAACCGGACCCUCGGAAUCUACGUCAAAAACUUCGAUGCGACCCAGUUGAAUGUCGGGAUAUGGUCCGGUGAUGUCAAACUGCGGAACCUCGAGCUGCGGCGGGAGGCGCUCGAUCAGUUGCGCCUCCCGCUCAACGUUGUCGAAGGUCAUCUCGGCGAGCUCACCCUAUCGAUCCCCUGGUCCAACCUGAGGGGAAAACCGGUCAAGGUCGAUAUUGAAGAUGUGUUCCUUCUCGCGGCCCCCAAGGAGGAUGCCGAUUACGAUCCGGACGAGGAGGAGCGAAGAGCCCACGCGCUCAAGAUGGAGAAGAUUGAGAGCGCGGAGAUUUUAAAAGAACGCAACUCCGAGGGGCUGAGCCAGGAGGAGCAGCGUCGGAACCAGAGUUUCACCCAGAGUCUAGUGACCGCCGUUGUCGAUAACCUCCAGAUCUCCAUCAAGAACGUCCAUUUCCGCUACGAAGACUCCCUCGCCUCACCGGGGCACCCGUUUGCCGCCGGUGUAACCUUGAAGGAACUCAGUGCCGUGAGCACCGACUCCGAGUGGAACCCUACCUUCAUCCAGUCCACCUCGGCCACUACACAUAAGCUGGCGAUCCUGGGCGCCUUGUCGGUGUAUUGGAACACCGAUGCGGAGCUGUUGGGUACGGGUCGCGGGUCCGACGUGGGUGCUGUGGCCCAGGGCACGAGCCAGGCCGAAUUGGUGGAGAGGUUGAGGGCGGGCAUCGACGAGGACGAAAACCACCAGUUCAUGCUGCGUCCCGUCAGUGGACGCGCCGGCUUGGAAUUGGACAAGUCGGGAGAACACGACCGCCCCGCCAUCAAGACACGGCUGCUCUUCGAUGAACUCGGGUUCGUGCUGGACGACGAACAGUACCGGGACGCCCUGAUGCUCGUCGACCUCUUCCACUACUUCAUCCGCCACCAGGAAUACAAAAAACUUCAACCCAAAUCCAGCCCCAAGGAGGCCCCGCGCGCGUGGUUUAGGUUCGCCGGAGAGGCCGUCCUCAGCAAGAUCCGCGACCGGAACCGUCGGUGGACGUGGGCUUACAUCAAAGAGCGCAGGGACGAUCGGAUCGCCUACAUCGACCUGUUCAAGAAGAAGAAGCGCGAAGAGUAUUUAUCCCCGGCCGAAGCGGAUGAGUUUGACCGCCUGCAACGGAAGCUCAACUACGAAGAUAUACGGUUCUGGCGAUCGCUGGCGCGGAACCAAUUGCGCAAGGAAAACGUCGGCGUCAAGAAGCCCCAACGCGAGCAGACAUGGGGCGAGUGGAUCUGGGGUACCAAGCAGGAGGAGUCGGAGGACACUACGAUAACCGACGAGCAACGACAGGAGUUAUACAACGCGAUUGACUGGGACGAAAAGAAAGCCAUCGCAGAAAGCGUCGACGUGCCAAGAGAGUGGGUGAAGCUCCAGGUCAACUCCGGUCUCAAAGCCGGCAGCUUCACCCUGAAGCGGGAUCCCCACGGCAAGGCCAACGAGGUCAUGAAGCUUGUCUUCGAUGAUUUGCGGGCCAAGGCUAUGCAGCGGCCCGACUCAUUCUUCAUCGACGUGGGUCUCGGAGGGCUGAGAGUGUACGAUGGCACCACGGAAGGUAGUCUGUUCCCGCAGAUUGUCAAAGUAAAGGACUCGCUCCCGGUACCGAAGAACCGCCUGUCACAGAUCUCCGGCAACGAGGAGCUGGAGUCCGAAGUCGGAGACAACUACCUCGAGGACGAGGAUAGCUUGUUCCAUCUGCAGCUGGAGAAGAAUCCCCUCGAAAGCGACGCCGACUCUGUGGUGAAAGUCAAGCUCAAGAGUAUCGAAGUGAUCUACAAUCCCAAGUUCAUCUUCGAGAUCUUCCGCUUCUUUGAACCCCCGGAGACACAUAUGGAAUCUAUCGGGGCCUUGUUGGAUACCGCCGGGGCUACUGUGGAGGGCAUCCGGCAGCAGACUCGUGCGGGCCUGGAAUUUGCGCUGCAGGAGCACAAGAAGGUGGACGCGCAAUUUGAUAUCCAUGCCCCGCUGAUCAUCGUGCCCGAGAGUAUCACGCACGAAAGCUCUCUCUGUCUGAUCCUCGACGCCGGUCAUAUCAGCGUCAGCAGCGAGUUGGUGGACCGGCAGACCAUGAGAGACAUUCAGUCCAAGCAGAAGCGGCAGUACGACGAAGGUGAUUACAAGGAGCUCGAACACCUGCUGUACGACAGGUUCCUGCUCAAGCUGGACUCGACUCAGGUCCUUAUUGGUCCUGGCAUCGACGUCACGAAAUCUCAGCUGGCGUCAGACAGCGCAGACCGCAACCUUCACAUCAUCGACCGCAUCAACGUGGAUUUCGUCCUGGAGAUGUGCAUCGUCCCCAAGGUGACGGAGCUUACCAGAACACGCAUAUCCGGCCACCUCCCGGAGUUACAUGCAUCCAUGUCCGACAUGAAGUACAAAGGCCUCAUGAAACUAAUUGGCAUUGCAUUCCCGGAGUACGAGGAGGGCCCUGACCAGCAAAACGCCCCGGCGGUCGCCCCCGAAGAUGACACGGCCAAUAGGCCUCGGUCGUCGUCAUUUGUGCCGCUAGCCAUCAGAGAACUUCCCGCGGUGGACGAAGACUCAGAAGACGAGGAGAGCUCGGACAGAGACCAGCCGAAUCAGAGUGUUGACUCAACGAACCUCCACCGGCGGGAUUUUGAAUUUAAAUUCACCGUCGGCCGUCUCCGUGGCUCGCUGUUCCGCUCCGACUCCAACGACCCGCUGCGUGACCACCUGCUAGUGGAACUGGUUGCCGAAGGGUUUAUGCUGGAUUACUAUAAUCGACCUUUUGAUAUGGUGGCCGAAAUCGUUCUCAAGUCUCUGAGUGUGGACGACUACAUAGAAGAGAAUCCAGUCCCCGAGUUUAAGAGGAUUCUCUCGUCCAAAGGAUUCAACGCGGAUGAAGACAGGGACCUGUUCCACCUCAAGUUUGUCCGAGUCAAGCCUGAGUCUCCGGAAUUCCACUCAACCUACGAGGGUGUCGCGAUGAACCUGGAUAUAUCCGUGUCAACCAUCAACCUCGUGGUUACCCGGAAGACGCUUCUAACGCUACUGGACUUUAUCCUGCUCACCUUCACGAACCCAGACGAACCAAGUGCCCAGGGUGCUCCAUCAGAUCGGGCGGUACAGGAUACUACCGCUGUCGAACAGAAGCCCGACCAGAGCGGAAAGAUCCGUAUCAAGGCCGACAUGAAGAGUAUUGCUCUGAUUCUCAACAAUGAUGGGGUCAGACUGGCAACGCUGACGCUCAACACCGCCGAUGUGGGGAUCGUCCUGGUCGGCAAUUCUAUGCUCAUCCAGUCUCGCAUUGGCAGCUUGACCUUGAUAGACGAUGUCAACACGGGUGCGCCAGAAACCUCGGACCUGCGGAGGCUUUUGACGAUCGAGGGUGAUAACUUCGCGGAUUUCAAGUACGAGACAUUUGACCCGGAGUCCCCUACUUACCCUGGGUACGAUUCGGAGGUUUUCCUGAGGUCUGGGUCUAUCAAGAUCAAUUUCUUGGAAGAACCCUACCGGAAAAUCAUCAAUUUCCUGGUGAAAUUUGGCAAGAUGCAAGCUAUCUUCAACGCCGCUCGUCAAGCUGCGGCGAACCAAGCCAAUCAGCUCGGCGAGAAUGCGUCACGCAUGAGGUUCGACGUCGUAGUCAUGACUCCCAUCUUGGUCUUCCCAGGUGCCAUGAGGGAGAACCAUCCGCGCGAUACGAUCACCGCGCAUCUUGGUGAGAUCUAUGCCAAGAACGAGUUCGUGCCCUUGGACGAGAAGAAGGACAGCCCCGCUGUCAACGUGAUCUCAUCCGGUAUUCGCAAUAUUCGCCUGACCUCCAAGUUCCAUUUCGAUGGUGGCUCGGUCGAGGAGCUCGAGAUGAUCCAGAAAGUAAACCUGGACUUUAGUAUAUGCUACCUAGAGCACCAGGCGGACAACCCGCGUCCAGAUAUGGAGGUUGAGGGGUCAUUGUCGCCGAUCAACCUUCGGAUCUCGCAGAAGCAACUGAAAUUCCUGCUGGAUUUGUCGACAACGGUACCGGGGGCAUUUGUAACCGAUACCGAGCAGCAAGUCCUGGAGGCCAUGGAAGCUCUUCCUUCGUCGCUGACCGAACCAACGCGAGAAGCAGAGGCAGUGCAAAGCCGCAUGAGCUUAGAAAGACGGUCGACAGAUGCAGCACCCAAUGAGGAAACGUGGGUGCGACUCGACAUGAUCUUCAAGGUAGAUAGCGUCGGGUUGGAACUCAUCCUUGCGAACGAUGAACCUGUUGGCCGCCUCGAGGACUCAAGCCUAUCCAAAUUCUCCCUCAACGACACCAGAGUCAAGCUGCGUAUGUUGACGGAUGGCUCCUUGGAUUCCGAAUUCUUGAUACAUUCCCUGUCAAUCAGGGACAGCCGCAACCAGGACACCAACAAGUUCCGAAAGAUCAUGUCGUUGAUCAACAACGACAUUCAACAGCAAUUCAUGGCGAGCAUCUCGAUGUCCCCGGGACCUGACAAGCAUCUCAUCGCAAUGUUGACCAUCGACAGUCCCCGAAUUAUACUUGCCUUGGACUACUUAUCCGCGUUGCAGUCGUUUACCAGCACUGUAUUCGCAUCGGAAGAUCUAGUAGAGGAACCGGAGACCGAUGACCAAGAGGAGUCGGAACCUAGAUCGAGUACUGCAGAAAGCGCAGAUGGUACUACUACCGCACCAUCAAGCGUGGAUGGAACCACUUCUGUCGGGCACAUGACCGUUUCAUUCCGAGUGAACCUCGUAGAUGCUCAGAUCAUAACCAUUGCCAAUCCUGGCAUCGCGCACACCGAAGCUAUUGUGCUUGGAACGAAACAGGUGCUCUUUUCUCACCAAAAUGUGUCUACCCUCCAGAUCAAGCAGGUGGGCAUGUUCUUAUGCCGCAUGGACAAGUUUGAAACCAGUAGACUUCGGAUUCUGGACGAUUUCACCCUAGAGAUGUCUAUGGAUAGUCGACCGCAGGAGAGAGGCUCGUCUUUGACCUCUAUCAACGUGCACCUUGAUCCGCUUGUUUUGCGACUUUCACUCCGCGAUAUCUUGAUGGCGAUUCAAAUCGUGAACAAGGCCUCUGAAAUGACCGCUCGGAGGACCCAACAAGCUCAGACCGGCCAGUCUAAGAGAAUUUCCGACAGCAAGGCCAAUGCCUCUAAAAUUAAGAGAAAGUCUGUUGGCAGACCGCCUUCAACGGCCGUUGUUCCAAGGGCUCGGCAAGGUUCCGGCGAGGAGGAGGAUCUACAUCUGAGUGCGCAACGCUCAGCGGUGUUGAAGCGCGAGGAGCUGAAUGUCCACGUUGAUGGUAUCAGAGUCAUCCUCAUCGGUGACCUGCAUGAUCUCCCCUUGCUCGACUGGAGUGUCAAGGGAUUUUCGGUGGAUGUUCGUGACUGGUCAUCCACACUCAGCGCGGAAACAAACUUCGACACAUUCAUCAACGUGUAUAAUUUCUCCAAGUCUGCUUGGGAGCCGCUCAUAGAACCCUGGCAGCUGGGAUUCCACAUGGCUAAGGAAACACAUCCGGAUAUCCUGUCUAUGGACGUUUAUUCCCACAAGUCGCUCGAGCUCACUCUCACCUCGGCUACCAUUGCUCUGGCGUCGAAGUCAUUCCAGUUCCUGUCCACCGAUGAAGAUGUCCUCUCCAAGCCGAGAGGUGCUGAUGCGCCGUACCGCAUUCGCAACCACACUGGGUUUGAUCUCCAUGUCUGGGCCGAGAGUACGGGGGAUGAAGAGGGACCAGCUGCUCGGCUGGACGACGGCGAGGAGUAUCCCUGGAGAUUUGAGGACUCGACCGCUAUUCGUGAGACCUUGACACCGGAAGGCCACGCUGGGCUUGUUGGAGUGAAGCUCGAAGGCAGCGGAUUCGAGAGCGUUGGCCGUAUCCCCGUUGUGAGGGAGGGCGAGGUUGUGUACAACUUGAAGCCGAAGAAGGAUAGUGUGCUCCACCGCCUCCUCGUUGAAGUCAAGCUCGGAACCGACAACGUGAAGUAUAUCACGUUCCGCUCACCGCUGGUUGUUGAGAACAAUACCCAGAUCCCGGUGGAACUUGGCAUCUUCAGCCCUGGCGACGGCCAUCUUCUGAAGAUCGAGAAGAUUCUGCCUGGCGACGCUCGACCUGCGCCUGUGGGAGCAGCCUAUAUGCAUUCUCUCGUCGUACGACCAGACCAAGGCUUCGGCUAUGACUGGUCGAACGAGCAAUUAUACUGGAAAGACCUCAUGCGACGGCCCACACGGACGUUGAAGUGCUUGAGUGAGAGUGGCCAACAGGCGCCUCCAUUCUAUUUCCAGAUGAAUGCCACAUACAACAAGCGAGACUCUUUGACAAGCGUCUAUCCUUACAUGCGGAUCCGGAUCUUUGCCCCGGUUGAGAUUCAAAAUCUGUUGCCGUAUGACUUCAAGUACCGCAUAUACGACAAGAACACGCGGAAGGACUGGACGAAUUUCUUGCGUAAGGGCGGGGUCAGCCCCGUUCAUGUGGUUGAGCUAUCGCACCUCCUGCUUCUCAGUGUCGACAUGGAGGACACGGUGUUUAAGCAGAGUGACUUUGCGAUUGUCAACGGCAACGCGCAAGAUUUCCGAAGGGAGCAUACGCUUUCUCUGAAGGAUGAGCGUGGCAUCCAGCUGAAAUUGAAACUCCACUAUUUCAAUGUACCUGACAGUGGAGGUGCAUUCAAGGUGUCAGUUUACAGUCCGUACCUCGUCUUGAACAAGACAGGCCUGCCCAUGGAGAUCCAAAGCAAGGCCUUCUUGCAGUCGGCUCGAUCAGCAGCAGGCCAGGGACUAAGGGCCGAUUCGAGACAUGGCGGACGCUCGCUUCCCUACAUGUACUCCUACCAAACCGAAGACCCGAAGAACCGGUCUAUGCUGCGGAUCGGAGAAUCCGCCUGGAGUAGGCCUCAAAGUUUCGAGGCCAUCGGGAGCACUUUCGAGGUUAUGCUGCCAGAUAGACAUGGGAAGUCUGAGUUCCAUGCCGGCGUGUCUGUUGCCGAGGGUGAAGGCAAAUACAAGCUGACCAAGGUUGUCACCAUCGCGCCGCGGUUCGUCCUCAAGAACAAACUCAACGAAGAUGUCCUAGUGCGGGAACCUGGCUCCUCGAAUGUCCUGACUAUCAAGAAUGGCGAGCUCAUCCCUCUCCAUUUCUUGCGCCAGGUUCCGGAGAAGCAGCUUUGUCUCUGCUUCCCGGGCGUGAACAAUCAGUGGUCCUCCCCGUUCAACAUCGCGGAUGUCGGAACUGUCUAUGUCAAACUUGCCAAGGCGAAUCAGCGCCAGAAGCUCGUCAAGGUUGAAAUCAUCGUGGAGGGGGCGACGCUAUUCCUUCAUUUCAACAUCGAGACGCGGAAUUGGCCGUUCUCAAUGCGGAACGAGAGCGACAUGGAGUUUAUCUUCUACCAAGCAAAUCCGAGCCUGGAAGAUGACGAGGAUGAUCGAAGUAACGGCUGGCGACCUAUUCGCUAUCGGUUGCCCCCUCGAAGCAUCAUGCCAUACGCUUGGGAUUACCCCGCGACGAAGAACAAGUCGCUCGUCCUGAGCUGCAAUGGCAAGGAAAGACGUAUAAAGCUUGCCGAAAUCGGCAACUUGAUUCCGAUGAGGAUCCCCCCGGCUCAAUAUGGCGAACCGCAAAAAAUCAUCGACAUCAAUAUCGUCGCCGACGGGCCUACGCAGACUUUGGCCCUGUCGAACUUUAAGCAGUCCAAGAGUAUGUAUCGGCAGCAGAAGGCCCAAAGCUCGCAGACCAGCGUGAGCACCGGAUUUGAGGUCAAGGAGCUGGAUUCCGAUGUCAACUUCAAGGCCCAGCUCCGCCUUGGGGGGAUUGGUGUCUCUCUGAUCAAUAAGAACCUGAAGGAGCUGCUCUACUUGACGUUCCGCGAGAUUGAGAUCAAGUUCAGAGAGUCGAGGGUCUACCAGACCAUGAGUACGACGAUCAAGUGGAUCCAGAUUGACAAUCAGUUGUAUGGAGGUAUCUUCCCCAUCCUGCUGUAUCCCAGCGUGGUGCCGAAGACUGGGAAGGAGAUGGAAGCGCAUCCCAUUUUCCAUGCUAUGGUCACGCGGGUCAAGGACGAUUCGUAUGGCGUGCUCUAUAUCAAGUAUGCCACCUUACUGCUUCAGCAGAUGACGCUCGAGCUUGAUGAAGAUUUCGUGUUCGCGAUGCUUGAUUUCGCCAAGAUUCCCGGAGCGUCUUGGUCGGAGGAGCAGGAGGGCAGGCUCUGCGAUGAGGAUCUGAAUAUCCCCGAGCCGCAGGGCAAGGGCGUUGGCCAGGACGUGUACUUCGAGCUUCUUCACCUGCAACCCAUGCAGCUGGACAUAUCGUUUAUGCGCACCGAGCACGUGAACGUCGAGGACACGAUGCAGCCUUCAAACCCAUUGAUGUUCUUCGUCAACGUGAUGACCAUGUCGAUGGGCAAUGUCAACGACGCGCCCGUUCGCCUGGAUGCUCUGAUGCUGGAAAAUGCCCGUGUCUCCCUGGGUGUUCUCGUCAGCAAUAUCCAGCGCCAUUACACUCAGGAAUCCCUUGGGCAGGUGCACAUGGUUCUUGGGUCUGCCGACUUCCUGGGCAACCCGGUGGGCCUAUUCAACAACAUCAGCUCUGGCGUUGCUGCCAUCUUCUACGAGCCAUACCAAGGCCUGGUCAUGACGGACCGGCCCCAGGAGCUCGGCUACGGCAUUGCCAAGGGCGCCACCAGCUUCGUGAAGAAGUCCGUCUUCGGUUUCUCGGACAGCAUGGCGAAACUGACGGGCAGCAUGUCCAAGGGUCUUGCCGCCGCCACUCUCGACAAAGAGUUCCAAGACCAGCGCCGCAUGUCCAAGUCUCGGAACCGUCCGAAACAUGCGCUGUACGGCAUCACGGCCGGCGGGAAUGCGUUCGCAACCAGUCUCGCCAGCGGCAUAGGCGGGCUCGCACGGCACCCACUGCAAGGCGCCGAGAAGGAAGGCAUCCAAGGAUUCUUCAAGGGCGUCGGCAAGGGUGUCCUAGGCCUAGCGACCAAGCCAGCCAUCGGAGCCUUCGACCUCGCGUCGAACCUCGCCGAAGGCGUCCGCAACACGACCACCGUGUUCGACGCAGAGGGGCUAGAUUGCGUGCGCCUAACGCGCUUCAUCGGCACAGACGGCGUCGUCCGACCUUACUCACAGCGGGAGGCCCUCGGCCAGUUCUGGCUCAAGACGGCCGACGACGGACGGUACUUCAACGAGGAUUACAUCGCGCACCUGGAACUCCCCGGACGCGACAUGCUAGUCAUGUUGACGUACAAGCGCAUCAUGCUCGUGCGCACCAAGAAACUCCAAACGGAGUGGGACAUCAACCUCACGGACAUCCAGACCAUCUCCAAGGAGCGCACAGGCAUGAGUAUCACCCUCAAGGGUGGCGCCAACGGUCCCUUCAUCCCUGUGCAGGACGAGAGCGCCAGAAACUGGCUGUAUCGCCAGAUUGCCGUUGCCGUUAACGCGUUCAACGAGAAGUAUAACGGUCGGUAGAGGUAUUAUAUCUGUUUUCUCUACUGUAUACCUGUCUGAAUAGAUAAAUGGGGUUGUUGAUUGACAACCGCCGGAACUGGAGACAGGGGUGAAGAUGAUAUGACAGUAACGAGCUUUUUUUUUGUCAUUGUUAUUGAUUUUUUUUCUAUUACGAUUGUGGGCAAAAUUCUAGCAUCAUACUUGUUCAGAUGAGAUUCACCUUUUUUCGCCUUCAUAUUUUUUUUAUCGCUUUUUGUCUCUUUUUUUCUUAUUCACUUUUUGUUCCUUGGAUUGUUGUUUUGCGUGUGUUGUGUAUAUACUUAGCACUUCAUUCUGCUUAGGCGGUCUUUGAUUGAAAUGAUUUGUCUCACUUUUACAUUCUAGCUGUGUGUUUUGGUAGAUGGUAGAUAUGUAUGCU